AUGGAUUUUUCGGAGUUGUGGGUUCGUCGUGUUAUGGAGUGUAUUUCUAGUGUAUCUUUCUCCUUCAAAGUGAAUGAUGAGAUUUUUGGUUCGAUCAUUCCGACUCGUGGACUCCGGCAUGGUGACCCUAUUUCACCUUACUUAUUUCUUUUAUGUGCGGAUGCUUUUUCAUGCCUUCUAUCAAAAGCUGCUCAUGAAAGUGGGGCAAGGAUUUGUAAGGUUGCUCCUAGAGAAUGCUCGAAAAUUGCUGAUAUAAUCAGGAUGUAUGAAAGAGCAUCUGGUCAGAAAGUUAAUCUUGAUAAGACAGAGGUUGCUUUUAGUAAAUGUGUGACUAUCGAAAGAAGACACGAGAUUGUUGAUACACUAGGGGUUCGAGAAGUGGAUAGGCAUGAGAAGUAUUUGGGGUUUCCGACGAUCAUUUGGAAGUCAAAGAGGGCUAUCUUUGCGUGCUUGAAGGAGAGAAUUUGGAAAAAGUUGAAUGGUGGAAAGAGAAGUUGUUGUCGAAACCGGGGAAGGAGGUAUUAA